ACUUAUUGGGCGCUGAAUAGCGCGUGCCACGACGAUGUCCUUCAUUAGCAUUAGCGAUAUCGCGAAGUGUGCGAACUUCACGCUUAAACUCUAUCAGUAUGGCUUCACAGAAAUCUAUAACUCAAACACUCAAUAUACCGAAUUCGGCCAAUCGGUCCACGCCCUGCAUACAAAUCUCCAUCAACUGGAAAUAAUCUUCGAAAAAGUCCAAAGCAUUCCACCGUGUCCUAUCCCAGGUACCUCCAGCUUUUAUGAUACUAGAGAUCUCAACGCAAUACUCGACGAUCCCUACACUACUGUUCAGGAAUGUUCGCGGCUGUUAACACGUCGAGACUGCUUCGAAGAGAAGGGUGGUUUCAUCUGCAAUAUAAUCUGGAACGGAUUUGUCCAGGACGAAGUUACAAUACUUCACAAGAAGGUCAUGUUUCAUAAUAUCAAGAUCAUCGCACUACUGAAACCUCUUGAGCUAAAACUACUCCUCGAUAUCCAGUCUCUGGUGAUUCACUAUGGCGAAGCCAUGCUACUAGUACUGGGUCAGAUCAAGGAGCUUAUACUUGGAGAUGCCCGAACGAUUGGCGCCCAGGAAGAUGUUCGAUGCCAGCAGAUCGUCAUACCACCAUAUUUACUCCACAGAUUUGAAAAGCUAUCUAUAGAUGCCAAACCAAGAGCUGCAUCUGGUGAUACAUUCCCAAUGCAUGAUGGCAUCAAUGCAUUCCUUCAGCAUUAUGAGGAAGAGGCUGCGGCUGCCAGGCUGUCGCGUUCACGUGGUGUCCAGCCAGCCUCUCCAACACAGUGGCCCAGACAAUAUGUUGGUAUGAUGCGAAGCAUCUGGCUCAUCCAGAAAAUCGAAAGCAGCGCCGAAUACGUGGACUCUUGCGCACGUGGUAACCAGCUUCUGAAAUACUUUGUUGAAGACCUGGCGAAGAAGUGUUUGUACGCCUUCAAUCAACACUCGGAUAGGCCAGUAAACCUGUACAGGGUUAAAAACGAACCGGACGAAAUGUCUCUAGGCCUACUCGGAGAAGAGGCCUUUCUGACCUGGCCUAUACCUGUGCGCAGUUAUGACCGUCCUCAUGCAUCGGAAAUUGACGAUAUGAAGACAAUUUUGCGGACUCCGCUGGUACACUUGAACCCCGAACGACAAAGGUCUCUUGUAUUACUCCGCCAGACCGAGACUAUCCUGGAAAUGAUCACUAAAGAGACCUCUGCAUUGGAGCGAACUAGAGAAUUACGAUCUCGAGAAAUUAACCUCCGUACCGUUACUCUCAGUCCUAUCUAUGCAGAUCCUCAAAAUCAGACCUCUGGUAUGGAUAUCGGACUCUACACAUCCGGCAUGCCCACGCACGACAACCUCCUUAGUUUCCAGACAUAUCAAUCUCUCUACAGCUUUCAGGAAGCCAUUACAGGCUACCGUAUCGUCGACGACAUCAUUGACGUCGACGUGAUUGUCAUGGCCGACAAGCCAACACACUACAAGGCGCGCAUCCAGAUCUGGAGUUUCUCGCCCAGCGUUCCUGCACAGAGCCCCUUGCCCGUUCCCUACGAUAAUCCCUCCCACGCGACGUCAGCAAGUACCAUACGCCCACCAUCCAAUUCCAAUGCCUCCAUGGCAACGGCCCGCCGUCAAUCCUCCAACGAUUCAUCGGCCCGCCUUUCUUCGCCACGCAAAUCUAUCUUCUUCUCCUCGAAAAGUUCCUUCCAGUCGUCAAGAGCCACCUCUUUCUCAGUUCGUAGCGCGGCAACCACCAUUGCAGACGUAACCUCGCUUUCCGACCCGCGCGACAGCAACACCGAGGCCUUUAUCUUCGAAUCCCUGCGCGAGCCGCUCGUGGUGAUGUUCCUUCGCCCUGAGAAGCUGCCCCCCUCGCGUAUGUCGCAGGGAGAGAUGGGUGAUAGCGGCGGUGGGCUUACCCUGCUCAAGAUCCCUAUUGGAGCGCUCAAAGCCGUGCUGGAUAAGAGGAACUGUUCAUGUCAGAAAGGUGGCACUCCAUGCACGCACGCCUCUAUUAUGGGGCCUGCGAAACGAUUUGGUACAGGUGCGCUUCUGGCGGAGUGGUGGAGAGGUGGCAUGGUGAAUUUGGCGGCUCUGGGGGCACAUUAUAAUGAUCCUCGAGGAGGAGGUCAGAAGGAGAAGUUGAAUCAUGUGAAGAUGACGUUUAAUGGGGAGGGCGGCAGGGAGCGGAAGAAGAAGUUCGAGAAGAUGGUGGCAGGUGUGCAGGAGGUAGAUAGGAGGAAGGGGUAUUUGCUUGAGGAGGAGAAGGUAGGAUUGAGACUUCAGAGACGGAGUUAGUGGGCGGGCGCUUUGGGUUAUGUUUUUACCAUGUAUUAUUAGCGGCGAUGGAGUUGGAUUGGGUAUACCCAGGAUAUGUAACGACAACAUGUAUAACUGAUAUGUAACGAGGAC